AAACAGAUCAAAUAGAAUCUCAAAAAGCGCAAAAGGAAUCUCAAAUCUCUGUAAAUGACAUGGAAUCUGGAAACAAGACCUCUAAAGAAUCUCAACUGUGGGAAUCUCAGGUUUCUAAUGGCAUGCCUUUGAACACUAAAGUAUACUUUAAUGGAGGCUGCUAUUUCAAAAUAGAUGAGGAAAGAAUCUCAGAUGAUACUACAGUUUUGUCUCGGUAUUUAGACUUGCCCGACUCUCCUGCUGCCAUUGUUAGGUGUCAGGUUCAAGCUGGUAUUGCUGUACUCAGUGGGGCACACUUGGAGUAUGAUUCUGAAGACAUAGAUGAUGGGGAUGAAGAUGUUUUAGAUAUUAUACCCGUCCUCCGAGAAACUUCAAAGGACAGACAAUCAGUGAUAAAGUCUUUAUUACAGCAACUAAAUAUUACUGUUAAGUAAUUUAAUCACUUUUAGAACAAUACAAUCAGUUUAUAACAGUGACCAUCUUUGUUGAAUGAAGGAUUAUUUAUAAGAGAAAGGCCUUGUAAUAUAAUAGCACUUUAUACUAUUGAAAGAGGAUGUCAGGAUGGGAAUAAGCUUUUUGAAUGAUAAUUAUAUAAAGUCAUAUGAACAUCUUGAAACCAACAUGUCUUGAAAUGCCAAAAUAUGAAACAGUUAAAAUGUGUUCAAACCACUUGAAUUUAUGUCAAAAGCUCUGUAUUUAUUUGCUAUUACAAGAAUUUGUAAAUCUUUUACUGCUUUUGCAGUGUACAGUGAAUAAAUAAGCCCAGUAGACAAAUCUUCAUCAUAACAUGUUACAUUUUACCUGAUUGAUUAUGCAUUAAAGUUAUUUAAGCAGACAUUUAAUUAAGCCAAUAUGAGUUUUUAGUAGUGAUAAUGCUUACAUUUUGAAAGUUUGAUUUUUAAGUCUAAGAUUUAUGACAAAGCUUACAAGAUAUGUUAAGUAGAUCUAUAUAAUUAGAAAGCAGCAUUUACUUAAAUCAAAGUUAAGUGUUACAGUAAUAUCAUUAACCCCUUUUGAUUGUGAUAACCCUUGGCAACUAAUAUGUAGCCAGGCCAAAAUGCAGUCUGUCCAGGCUUUAUACUUAAUUGGAAGUUCAAUUUCUGUAUUUUAAUAAUGAAUUUCCUAAAAAUUCAAAUGGAUUGUACAAAGCAGGUCGAAUCCAUUAUACAAGAAUUUAUCACAUAAAAUCGCAGCAUGAGAGUGUAAUAAAGCCAUUUACGGUAAUAAAAAUGAUUUUACACUAGUGUAAUAACACUUAGAAGUGACAUCAUUUGCGUUAAUUACAAACACAGCGUUAAAUUGCGCUAAUGUUAGCAUAUUACACUAUAGGGGUGUCAAUGGAAAAUGAUUCUUUUUAACAGUUUAGUGUUCUUAUUUAUAUUAUGUGAUAAACAGAAUAUUAUAUUUGUGCAGAUUCAGUACUAAAUUUAUUGAACUUGUUGAAUAAAACAAUAUUAUGCUCGCCAGAGGCUGGCAUAUGAUUUUAUUCAACUUGUUAAAUAAAUAUCCUCUAUUUAGCAUAUUGUGGUUAUUAGUUGUUUCUAUCACAAAUGUUCCUGGAGUCUUUAUAGAUGUGUUCUAUCUUUUGUACAGCAAAAUCAUUAUCAUUUGUAACACACUAAAUUUCAUGAUUUUCAUGAAUUUAAAUCCACAAAUUUAAGAUCCAAUGAAAAUUUUAUUUUGUCUGCUGUGCUUUGAGAUUAUUAAUAUUUAAUUAAGAAACCACAAAAAAAUGAAAAAAAACAACAAGAAAAAAAACAUGAAAUUUAAUGCCCACAAAAUUAAUGAAGUUCAAAGUAUCUGCCAACUUCUCUACUAAGAUAAUUCACACAAACAUUGAAGGAUUAUUGGCAUCGCAUUUAUUUUCAGCCAAAUUGUCCCCGACAACUGUAAUUUAUGUAAGACAGGCUAGUCUUUAGAUUUUUUCUUUUCAAUUUAUGUAUAUGUUUUUAAAGUUGCUUUU